CUCCUUCAUUCAAAACAGUGACACGUUUUAAUGAAAUUCUACAAAGAUUAACAAAAAGGCCGAAAGAUAACAAAGAAGAUAAUUAUUAAAAUCUGAAUUUCAAAGCAUGCUAAAUUUCCGUUUAAUAAAUGAGGUGAAUAUAUUUAUAUAUCAAGUUUUAAAACCAACCUAUCACAUAUAAUGGCUAUGCGAACUUACAUCGUCAUUUACGCAUAUUAGAGGCCUACAUAUCAUGAGUAGUUAUUACAAUACCUCGCCAUCUGUUAUCUUAAUGCAAGCUGACGAAUCAUUGAUUCAACAGAACAGGACAAUUAAUCCUUUUACAACUGAACCUGUUGAAAUUCUGUUGCCAAGUAUUAUCGCAACAACAAUUCUACUUGUCAGCAUUUCUAUUAUUGGUACCAUUGGAAAUAGUCUUGUUGUCUGGGCAUUUCGUAAACAAGUUAGUCAAGGUAUUGUCUCUGGUCUGUUUAUUCUUCUCUUGGCAUGUAACGAUUUAUUCAUCUGCUUAAUUGUAAUCCCCUGUACCCUGUACUUAGAUAUUUGGACAGGGGAUACAACAGAUUGGAUAUGCAGGAUACACCUGUCGAUGAAAGGGUUUGUUGUACCAAUAUCAGCGUGUAUAUUAAUGUUAAUAGCUAUGGAAAGAUUCCUGCUGAUAUGUUUUAUACCCGGUAUACAAAUGAAACGUAAACAUAUUAUCAUAGCCCUGGUGAUAAUCUUUUGUAUUGGUCUGUUAUGUGCUCUUCCAAUGGGUCUACAUGUGACCGCUAUUGACGCGUGUAAAGAACACGAUGAACUGUUGGAUUUGAAUACGCUGAAGCAUAGUUUAUCUACAUUCAAGAGUAAAGAAUGGUUUAUUCAACUACGUGUAACAAAACGUUGUGAUAAAGACGAGACAUACCUGAAUGAUAACAUGUACUGGUAUCAUCAAAUCUGUGUAUUGAUUUUAUUUAUUGGCCUGUUUAUUGGUACAGCUGGGACAUAUGCUUUAAUAUUUUUAUUCGUUUGGAGGCAUGAAUCAUUUAUGUAUGAAAAAUAUGGCAAUUCUAAAGUUGCAAAAGGCAGCUGGGUACGUAUACAUGCAGCGCCGAAUUCUUCCGGUGAAGCGAUCAGUCCGUCGAUAUGGUAUCCAUUUAGGAAGCGACUGUCAUUUCGCCGUAAACAGAAACAGAAUGACAACAACAUUAAUAACAAUAACAGUAAUAUUAAUAAUGAGAAUGCACAAACUGCGAAAUCGAAACAACAAAGUUUAAGUCUUCAAAAUGAAGCCAAGGAACAGAGUCAUGAAAGUCUACACCAGUCACAACAACAACAACAACAAGAAGCAAUACCACUUCAACAAGUCAGUAGUACACUUUGUGUUAAUCAGCCACAAGCAGAUAUAACUACUUCAACAAGUUUUGAAGCGUCUAAUCUAGAUCGGUUAAGUUGUGCAUGUCUAUGCGAAAAAGAUGUAGAGAAUGAAGAUUAUUUGAAAAGUAUUCAAAAUCCUACUUUUACGUUUCAAAAUCUAAUUCACAACAGUCCUGGGGGUGCCGGUGGUGGCGCUGCUGGUGGUGAUGGGGUGGUUGCUAAGGUAACGAAACAACCACAGUGUCUUAUCCACCUGAAUGAUUUAAAGAUAUCAAGUAAUGACAAAAAUAAAAGUCCAGUUGAAAUGAAAUCUCACUCAGAUUCCCCAAAACAGCUGACAGCAGCCAACCUUGAACGUCGACGUAAACCACAUGUGCGUACAGCACAAACAUUGGCAUUAGUCGCAGUGAACUUUAUUAUCUCCUAUACACCAUAUUUAGUCUAUACAACAAUACCAAUACAAAAGAGGCAAGUCGAAGUGCUCCGGGAUAAGCCUCAUUGGACUAGUCAAAUCCGUCGAGUACUAUUUUAUAUGUAUUUUAUCAAUUCAGCCCUGAACCCAAUCAUUUAUUCUUGUAUGAAUCGACAUUUUCGUGCAUGUACACAAAAAUUUUAUACUGAUUUAAAGCUGAAGUUGAAACAUUGUACGGGGAAAUCACGCCUCGUGAAAGAGGCGACUCAUCAACAGAAUAAUAAUUCAUUGCCGUUGGAUAAAGUUACAAACACGGAGGAGAAUACUGAGAACUAAUCAAGGAACAUACAAACACACAGACGGGGGGAGGGAGACAGACAGACACAAAGAGGAAUCCUAUUCUCUUAUGACACUUUUUAUCAUCUUUAAUGCUUCUUACAUCAUCAGAUGGAGUGCAUACGGUUCCAUUUUGUGCGUAUUUGUUUGUAUUUUGACAAUAUUAUAAUGUCACGUCAUUGACAGCUUAUUAACAUUUAUGGUAAUAAUCAUAUUGUGUGUAAUGUGAACACUAUGUAUGAAUCAUUUCUGUGAACAUAUUUUCGUAUAUACAUCAAUAUAUGCACACACAAACACAAACACACAUAAACACACAUUUAUACACACACACAUGUACUCAAUGUGUUUUACAUUAAAAGUGAGUGUUUUUGAUCAGAACUCAAAGUGUUUUUCCUCUUCUUUUCCUUCUUCUUGUUAUAUAAUA